AUGAGCCAGAACGGGCAGAAGCCAGUCAAGCGUGGCCCCCGUCGGUCCAGUCAUUCUGGUUUGCCCUUGCACGCCACCUCAGAUCCAGGGGGAUUCGGGAAUGGACCAUGUUGCCCUUCCCAGCUAGAGCCCUGCAGCACCCAGUCAGCCAGUCCAGGCCGCCCCCCCAAAGAGAACCCAUAG